GAAACUUCUGAUUGCUUCUCUGAGCCAUCGAUCAAGGCUGGCCCGCCCCUUCAUGACAUCACCAAUAGCAUAUAAGCCCAAGUAUAUCCCCUGCUCAUCCUCACCAUGUCUUCUGCUGAAGAAACAGCAAAGGCCGCUAGCCCGAAAAGCCUCAAAGAUGAGCGUCUGUGUGUCAUUAAAAGGGUAGCUGAACUGCCCUUGGUCAGUUCUGCCUAUGAGAAGGUGUCUGCAACUUACACUUCUGCCAAGGAGUCCCAUCCAGCUAUCCAAGCAGUCUGUGAUAGGGCCGAGGUGGGAGUGAAGGCUAUUGCAUCUACAGCGGCAAGCGGUGCACAGCCCUUUCUGGAUAAAUUUGAAGAUCAAAUUACUGCAGUGGACACCCUUGCCUGCAAGUCUCUUGACGUGCUACAGGAGACAUUCCCAGUUGUACAUCAGACGGUGGACCAGGUUGUAUCUGGUGCUAGAGGCCUUCUCACAGAGUCCUUGACACCUGUUUAUACAAGAGUCACAGAGGCUGCCCAGGAGAUGGCCAAGUCUGCUAUGAAGAUUGGCAUGGAUAAUGUGAUGGAGUCUGACGUUGCGCAGAUGAUGAUUUACCGUGUUGGCAGAUUGUUAGACCAUUCAGAUGAAUGGGUAGAUGAAUAUCUCCCAAUAACAGAUAUAGAGCUAAUGGACCUGGCAAAAUCUGUAGUACUGGAAGACUUUGAUGAGAUUCCUAUGCCAAUACUAAGGAAUGAUCUGAGCUACUACAUGCGUCUGAGCUCCCUCUCAGCUAAGAUUCGUAGGAGAGCCUACUACAGUACCCUAGAAAAGAUCCAACAAGUCCAACGAACUAUCGAUAUGACCCUGUUCCAGUUUGAGCAAUACAUGUACAUGAUGAAAUUUACCUUGCGAACAUGGGAGUAUAAAUUUCAACAAGGCCAGGAGAAGCUUCGACAGAUGUUUCAAGAAUAUGUCAGAGGAUGGCCAAAGCGGAGCCAGUUCAUUGAGUUCAGUCAGUUCGGUGAGGAGGAGAUGGCAUCCCAGGCUCUGAAAGUAUCCCAAACCGUUGCCCAGCAGAUGUAUGCUAAUUGCUUGCAGGUCCUGGCUGACAUGGAGGACCUCCCUGUUGAUGUCAAAGAAAAAAUCCAGCAAGCUCAAAGCAACGCGGAAGACCUGCAGGCUGCCAUCACCAGGGCCCAAAGCUUCCAAGGUGUUCCUAUUCCUCUCCGGCAUUGGAGCUCAGAGAGGAGGGCCAGGGCCCAGCAAGCCAUGGAGUAUGAGUCAAGGAAACCUCCUCACACAGGAGUGGUUGAGCCUCUCUCCUCUGCUGGAGUUCAUUCACAAGAAGUAACUGAUCCAGAGGAGAGUGCAAAGGUGGUUGCCUGAAAGAGUUUUGUCUCCAAAGGCAGGGUUCUGUUCAGGGGCCCUAGGUAAUUGUCUACCUCUCAUAAGUAUUGUCCAUAAAAGGCCUAAGAUCUGAAUAUUCAUUGCUAAUGGAAAGAAGAGAGCCAGUUACCAACUUAGAAAGGGUCAGACUUGGUGCUGCUGGUCUUCCUAUAGAAUGGGAGAAGGUUCCAAAUUGGGUCUUUAAAAACCCAAAAACUGGAUAGUGUGAUGAAAGAACAUUUAGGAUGGGUUUAUCCCUCUGAUCAUUGUAUCAGGCAGAAUUGUGCAUCUUAGCAAUCUAGCAAGAGGCUUGACUGUCAGAAUCCAGGUUCCCACCUAUGGGAAUCUAGGCCUUUUGUAUAGAAAUGGAAGAGGUACAGAUGGAAUGUUUAAUGUAGCUGAAGUUUUUUUAUAAAUGAAUAAA